GUACUGGAGAGGAAGUAGUCCCAGUUUUAUCUAAUGCUGUUUUGUUCUGACUUUUGUUCCUAAGCAUUUAUUUCAUUUCUCCAAUAAGCUGUCUUAGAUGUUGUUGAUUAAAGUAAACUGAAAGGCUAGUUGUUGUGCUGGUGAAUGAUCAGUGAGCAGAUGUCUUGAGUAAAACUGGCAAAAAGAAUGUUAUUUUGGAGGUCUGUACUCUGAGGAGGUGUUACAUUUGGAUGAACUACGGUUGGUGUGUGGGGUGUCUCGAGGAUUUGGUGUCAGGGAUCAUACCUGACAGGGCUGCACUCCCUCUGCUGCAGAAAUUUCAGAAUGAUUAAAGGGACCACAGUAGAGUGAAGAAAUAGUACUUUUGUUGAUCAAUUCUGUGGCCUGUAAUGAUCCUGUAACCAUCAUGGUAUUUAGACACGAACACCACCACCCUGCCCCAGAUCCAGAGGUGAUGUUAUCGCUGUGCUUUCCUUGGGCUGCAGACCCGUGGGAAGGGAGCUCAUCCCAGGAAGUGAAAUUCGAGCUUGCUGAAAGAAGUCCUGCAAAAUAAUAAUUGGAGUAAAAAAAAAAAAAAGCCAUAAAAAAAAUCCAAGCAGCACAAAUAUGCACUGAUUUAGAGAUUCAUGUAUGAAACUGCUGGUUUUGGGAAGACUGACUGUCUUGCUUUUGUAAGUGUUGGGAAUCUGAAGUUCAUGCUCAUGAGAAGUCAAACCGGAGAGCCCGGGUUACUCGGUGCGGCUGCAGAUUGCAGAGGCAACAGUGACGAGUCAAACAUUCUCUGUGAAGCAGGAGUUUCAGCUGUGUCCUUGUGUGUGCAUUGGCAACUGAGAGGAAUAGUGGCCAGCCUGGGAUAAAAUGCCAGCUAGGGGUAAAUAUUUCUUCAAUGAAAGUGAUGACUGCAGGAUAACAGACCCUCUCUAUGAGAAGUACCGCUAUACAAGCCAGCAGCUUCCACUCCUGCUAUUGCUGCUCUUCAUUGCCAUCAUCUUCUGGACUACACUAAUUAUAAUCUUUUUUGUCAAAGAUGAAGCACAUGUUCAUCUUGCCUUCAUUAUUGCAGUAUGUGCUGUUCUUGUCAUAUUUUCAGUCAUGUACUUACUUUUAUGUAUCGAAUCCUUAUUUCGGAGAUGGCUAACGUUAUUUGGAGUUACCAUUUGGAUUUGCUUCUUAGCGAUAGGUUACAUUCCUCUUCUUGAACGAGAAAAUUAUUUUUCAGCAUGGGAACAGGUGCCAUUUUUUCUGUUCAUAAUCUUCACAGUUUAUACCAUGCUACCCUUUGGGAUGAAAGCUGCAGUCAUAAUUAGUGUUCUUUCUGCUCUCUCCCAUAUUAUUGUGCUAAGUGUAUUAUCCAAAGAUUCUCAUGCAGAUAAGGGAUCCAUUCUGUUUCAGGUACUUGCCAAUGCUGUCAUUUUCCUUUGUGGUAAUUUGAUGGGUGCAUUUCACAAACGCCAAAUGCAGGUUGCUUCGUGGGAUUUGUACAGAUACACAUUAAAGUGCAUUCAGGUCCGAAUGAAACUGAAGAUUGAGAAGAGGCAACAAGAAAAUUUGCUUUUAUCCAUACUGCCAGCUCAUAUAUCUAUGGAAAUGAAGCUGGCAAUCAUAGAGCGACUAAAGGAAACCAAUGAUAAUAGGCAAAUGCAUGACAACAACUUCCACAUUUUAUAUGUAAAAAGGCAUGAAAAUGUUAGCAUUCUCUAUGCAGACAUUGUAGGAUUUACUCGCCUUGCCAGUGACUGCUCUCCUAAGGAACUAGUAGUGAUGCUCAACGAACUUUUUGGAAAGUUUGAUCAGAUUGCAAAGGAGAACGAAUGCAUGAGAAUAAAAAUCCUGGGAGAUUGUUACUACUGUGUCUCAGGCCUACCUGUGUCCUUGCCGGUUCAUGCCAGGAACUGUGUAAAAAUGGGACUGGACAUGUGUGAAGCAAUAAAGCAGGUGAGAGAAGCCACGGGUGUGGAUAUCAACAUGAGAGUUGGCAUUCAUUCUGGGAACGUGCUGUGUGGUGUGAUCGGCCUCCGCAAGUGGCAGUACGACGUCUGGUCUCAUGAUGUUUCCUUAGCGAACCGUAUGGAGUCCGCGGGCGUACCUGGUCGUGUACACAUCACUGAAGCAACGCUAAAUCACUUAGGCAAGGCUUAUGAAGUAGAAGAAGGAAAUGGACAUCUUAGAGAUCCUUACCUUGAAUCCAUGAAUAUCAAAACGUACUUGGUGGUUGAUCCGAGGUCCAAGCAGUGCAUAUCAAAUAAUCAUCUCCCUAAAACAAGAGUGAAUGAUGGGCUGAAGAUGCGGGCAUCUGUUCGGAUGACGCGUUAUUUAGAGUCCUGGGGAGCAGCCAGGCCCUUUGCCCACCUAAACCAUAGAGAAAGUGUGAGCAGUGACUCUUCGACUUCACAAGGAAGGCAAAGAAAGGAAAUACCUUUGUGUUCCACUGGGCGCCAGAGGACUUCUGACAGAAAUUCAUCUCAGAAGGGAAGAAUAGAGGAAGAUAUUUAUGAUGAAAUGAUGUCAACCAUUGAAGGACUCAGUUCGACUAACCCUUGGUGUGGCAAAUCUGACGACUUCUGUGGAUUUUCACUGAUAUUUGCAGAACCUGGUCUUGAAAAAGAGUAUCGCACCAUUACUAUUCUAAAACUGAAGAGUUACUUUGCGUGUGCAAGUUUUGUGUUCUUCUGUAUUUUUCUGAUACAAGUGUUUGUAAUGCCCAAAACUGCAAAACUAGGAAUUUCCUUUGGCAUUGUUGCAGUCAUCAUUGUACUUAUUUUGUUUGUGUGCUUUGCUGAGAAAUGUAUGAAGUGCUGCUCAGAAAGGUGGCCUUUCCUGCGCCGUCUUUGCACUAUCUCAGAAAAAGUGGAAACAAUGCCUUUACUUAGGCUUCCUUUAGCAGUCAUCACUAUAGGUGCCUUGUUGAUUAUAGCCAUUUUUAACUUGACUACUGAAAAGAACAAUGCUGCGAACUUUACUGGAUCAAAUGACUUGAAUGGCACUGCCAAUGUGAGUUAUGUUUUCAUUUCUAAGUCAUCUGAAAACACAACUGAAUACUUCGUUGAGGAAACUUAUUACGCCUAUUGCUGCAUUUUGGCGUUCAUUGCUUGCUCGGUAUUUCUUCAAAUGAGCUUCGAACUCAAAGUUCUCCUCCUGUCCAUUGCUGUAGCUAUAUACCUCAUCAUUUUCAAUACCCUUCCAUCCAGAAACAUGAGUGACUCUGUCAACAUGACCAGGCUUUUUAUUGAAGAGCCAAGAAUAAUGAUUAAUAUUUACCUGGUUCUGUUUUACAUAACCCUAAUAUUACUUGCAAAACAGAUUGACUAUUACUGUCGACUGGAUUGUCUGUGGAAGAAUAAGUUUAAAAAAGAACACGAACAGUUUGAAACGAUGGAGAAUGUCAACAGGCUUUUGCUGGAAAAUGUACUUCCAGCACAUGUUGCUGCCUAUUUCAUUGGUGAGAAGCGAAAUGAGGACUGGUACCAUCAAUCUUAUGACUGUGUCUGUGUCAUGUUUGCAUCAGUGCCAGAUUUUAAGGUGUUUUAUACUGAAUGCGAUGUCAAUAAAGAAGGUCUGGAAUGCUUGCGACUGUUAAAUGAAAUCAUUGCUGAUUUUGAUGAGCUCUUGUUGAAACCUAAAUUCAGUGGUGUUGAAAAAAUAAAAACAAUUGGAAGCACUUAUAUGGCAGCAGCUGGCCUCAGUGUCACGCCAGGCCAAGAGAACAACCAGGAUAAGGAGAGACAACAUGCACACAUUGGGAUUAUGGUGGAAUAUGGAAUUGCCUUGAUGAGUAAACUAGAUGGCAUCAACCGACAUUCCUUUAACAACUUCCGAUUACGUAUUGGGAUAAAUCAUGGUCCUGUGAUAGCUGGUGUAAUUGGUGCCCGGAAGCCUCAAUAUGACAUCUGGGGCAACACCGUUAAUGUUGCCAGCAGAAUGGAGAGUACAGGGGAGCUUGGAAAAAUCCAGGUCACAGAAGAAACGAGUAGAAUACUACAGGACCUGGGAUAUUCGUGUGAAUGUAGGGGACUCAUUAAUGUCAAAGGAAAGGGAGAACUGAGGACUUACUUUGUUUGCACCGAGACGGCCAAAUUCCAAGGUAUUGGACUGAACUGAGGCUAAGACAAAGUUAAUGAGAGUAGACUUUGAACUGCCUCCCUUCUAUGAAGACUUAGAACUUCCCUCCUUAUGUGAAGGAGAUUAUUCUAAAAAGAUAUACAUAGUAUUCAUAUUUCUUCUGCAUGGAAAGAUAGGAGAAUGUGUGUGUUUUUGGUGUUUAUUUUUUUAUUUUUUUUUUAUUUCUGAAAGAAGCUCUGAAAAGUUCCUAGCAGACAUGUAACCACCAGUCUGAAAACGACUGCCUUUUCCUGAAACGUUUUCAGGAUUUACCUGGAAUCAUCGUGAAGCAUUUUCAGUUAGUUCCUUUCUUUACUUGCACUGUGAGAGUCUAACAGCUCCAGUAAUAAACCACGUGGAAGCACCGCUGAACUCCUUACCACGUUAAAAUAUUCCACUGCUUCAUUUUUUGUCACACUUGCACACAGUACUGCAUUUGUCACAGACAUAUUGAGAUGAUACUCCAGGCACCGCAUAUCCUGCUGUUAAUGCAAAACAAACGUCAUGGCAGAAGACGGCUGAAUAAUGGAAAGAGAAGUACAAGCAAGCUCCGAGCUGAGCGCCUCUGGGGGUGGAAAAAAAAAAGGAGUUGCACA